CUUAACAGGUGGGAUGUGGGUGUUUCUGGCAUUGGCAUGCUUAAUCCAGCAGACUACAAAUUCAGAAUAUUCUUUCAAUAGAAGACAUUUGAAUCCUGAAGGAUUCAUGACAAUCCCUGAAAUCCUCCAAUAUUGGGGGUAUCCCAGUGAAGAGUAUCAAGUUCUGACUGAUGAUGGCUAUUAUCUUCAGUUAAACAGAAUUCCUCAUGGGAAACACUGCCCACAUAAAGAAGAGCCCAGACCAAUUGUUCUAUUGGUACAUGGUUUAUUGUGGGAAGGGAGAUGUUGGAUCGCAAAUCUUCCUAGCAACAGCCUGGGAUUUUUCCUAGCAGAUGUUGGCUAUGAUGUCUGGAUAAUAAAUGUUAGAGGAACCACUUGGUCUAGAAGACACAUGGAGUUUUCAAUUUACCAGCAAAAAUUCUGGAAUUUCAGUUUUCAUGAAAUGGCCAUUUAUGAUAUACCAGCAACAAUAAAUUUCAUUCUACAGAAAACAAAACAAGACUCUUUAUAUUUUAUUGGCCAUUCCCAAGGAGCAGGAAUAGGUUUUGUGGCUUUUGCGACCCUGCCCUACCUCACUGAUAGAGUGAAGCUCUUUAUAAGCCUUACACCUACUUACACCUUGAAAGGUUUUGUGGCUUUUGCGACCCUGCCCUACCUCACUGAUAGAGUGAAGCUCUUUAUAAGCCUUACACCUACUUACACCUUGAAAGGUAUUAGUGGGACGUUUGGGGUACUUGGAAGAAUUCCAGAAAGAUUCAGAGAACUUAUAUGGGGCACUAAAGAAUUUUCCCUUUAUAGUGAAAAAGUAAAAAACAGCAUGAUCCAUGCAUGCAGCUAUCCAGGGAUUGACCGACUAUGCCUAAACAACAUUUUCCUUGCAGGAGGGUAUAACAAGAAAAAUCUAAAUGUAAGUCGGGCAGAUGUAUUUGCUGGGAUCUUUCCUGAUUUUACAUCAGUAAAAAACAUAAAUCACUGGAGCCAGGUUAUACAUUCUGGGGAAUUUAAAUAUUACGACUAUGGUCUUAAGAACAGGGAAGUAUACAACAUGACAACACCUCCAUUUUAUAAAAUAGAAGAUGUUCUUGUGCCAGUAGCCGUGUGGAGUGGAGGAAAAGAUAUUGUUACAAAAAGAAGAAAUAUUGAAUCAUUGAUUACUCGAAUCACUUAUUUAGUUUUCUAUACAGAUAUUCCUGACUGGCAACAUUUUGAUCCUAUCUUGGGUUUGGAUGCUGUACAACGCUGUUAUCCCGAUAUUCUUGAAUUGAUGCAGAAACACAAGCAUUAA